CGAGCGCUUUUGCUUGGUGUUCUUCACUGAAAAUCUACACUAUCAGUGUGUUUGUGUUCUAGAACUACAAGUGGUCUUCUAGCAUUAUUUAAAAAAAUAAAGACAUUAAUCUGAAUUAGCUCGACAGGAUUGAGAUGUUACAGUUUAGGGCUUCACUUGUGCUGAAGGAGUUGAUUCAAACCAGCCCAAAGCGUUUGUUUUCUGACAUUAUAGGGCAUAAGAAGACUUUCCCAAACGCGUACAUCUACAGCGCUGCUUAUCCGGCUGGUAUAAUAUCUAAAUUAAAGUCUGACUGCAAUGGAAGACCUUUCUGUCUGCCUUUAGCUGGGAGAAGAUUCCUAUGUACAAAGACCGAAGGAUCGAUUGACUCUACAGAACCGGUGAAGAAAGAGGAGUCCGUCCAGGAAGCGACGGCAGAUAGGAGAAGGAAGGCUGGCAUCAUGCCCAGCUUGGAAGACCUGCUGUUUUACAGUAUUGCUGAAGGCCAGGAAAGGAUCCCAGCUCACAAAUUCAUUACCGCACUGAAGGCCACUGGACUUCGAACAGGAGAUCCACGUCUAAAGGAAUGUAUGGACAUGUUGAAGGUCACCCUCAAAUCCACAUCAGAUGGUGUAAUGCUGGACCGACACCUGUUCAAAAAGUGUGUCCAAAGCAACAUUGUUCUCCUAACACAGGCCUUCCGGAAGAAAUUUGUAAUCCCUGAUUUCCAGCCUUUUGCCUCCAAUAUUGAUGCACUUUAUGAGAAGGCCAGAAAUCUCUCCGGCGGGCUGGUUGCUGACUACAUUCCCCAACUUGCCAAAUUCAGCCCAGAUCUGUGGGCCGUUUCCCUGUGCACAGUCGAUGGACAAAGACACACAGUGGGUGACACUAAAGUGCCAUUUUGCCUGCAGUCGUGCGUGAAGCCGCUCAAGUACGCUAUUGCCGUGCAUGACCACGGCACUGAAAAUGUGCACCGAUUCAUUGGGAAAGAGCCCAGCGGCUUACGCUUCAACAAGCUCUUCCUGGAUGAGGAUGACAAACCCCAUAAUCCAAUGGUGAAUGCUGGUGCAAUUGUGUGUACCUCUCUUAUCAAGCAGGGGGCAAGCAAUGCUGAGAAGUUUGAUUAUAUGAUGAACUUCUUGAAGAAGAUGGCAGGAAAUGAAUAUGUUGGUUUCAGCAAUGCCACAUUCCAGUCGGAGCGUGAGUCAGGAGACAGGAAUUUCGCUAUUGGCUAUUACCUGAAAGAGAAGAAGUGCUUUCCAGAUGGUACAGACAUGACUGGUGUUCUGGACCUCUACUUUCAGCUGUGCUCCAUCGAGGUAACGUGUGAGAGCGCUAGCGUCAUGGCUGCCACAUUGGCCAACGGCGGCUUCUGUCCAAUCACAGGCGAGCGUGUGCUGAGCCCCGAGUCCGUGCGAGACACCCUCAGCCUCAUGCACUCCUGUGGCAUGUAUGACUUCUCCGGACAGUUCGCCUUCCAUGUGGGUCUACCAGCCAAGUCAGGUGUAUCUGGCGGUAUUCUGCUGGUUGUGCCCAAUGUGAUGGGCAUCAUGUGCUGGUCUCCUCCGUUGGACAAACUCGGCAACAGUGUCCGGGGCAUCCAGUUCUGUACGGAUCUGGUGUCCUUGUUCAACUUCCACAACUACGACAACCUGAGGCACUUCGCCAAGAAGCUCGAUCCUCGCAGAGAGGGAGGGGAACAGCGGCAGUACUCCUUCGGACCCCUGGAUUACGAGAGCCUUCAGAAAGAGCUGGUUCUCAAAGACACUAUGUGGACAAAAGUCUCGCCCACUGAGUGCAAUGAGGACAGCUCCACUACUGUAGUCUAUAGGAUGGAGAAUGUCGAAGAAGGCUUCUAAAACUGAUCUGACUCACCUCGGCGAGCUCUUUGACAGUAUAUAUUUACAUAUUUGAGCAGUUAUUUAUUUUCAAUGAAUCUCAUUCUGCGCACAUGUUAGUUCUUCACCAGUCUCGGUGAAUAUGAAUCAGUAUGGUAGAGCAUAUGUCUAUAAAGUCUUAGGACUUGGCUUGUGUUUAUCUUUCUGUGCUAAUGCUUAAAAGCAUAGCGGAGGGUUUUAUUCUUCAUGUGGACUGCAUGGACGUUAGCUGCAGUGGGAUUUAUGGUCAUAGACCAGCAGGUGUUUUUUUGGUGGAUGUUGAGGAUUGGCUGCUGAUCAGAGACUACAGGUGGUUCUGUGUUGCUCUAUGAUUGAAUGCUGUGGUCAUGCAUAAUGAACCGCGUCUCACCACACACAGAGUCUUCAGUGAGGCCUUUAACUUGGUGUCAUGAGCAUAUGGACAUCUUCUGAAAUAUUUCGUUACCAGUGACUUGGGCCGGAAAGAGUGACCUUCAUUUAAAAAUAAAAAAUGUAAUUUCUGACAUUAUUUAUUCACCCUCACUUUGUUUUAACCUUAUAUGUUGCUGCUGUUUCUAUGGAACAUAAAAAUAUUUUUAAAAGAAUUUUCAUGACAAGGUUGUUUUUUGUUUUUUUUUAACUAUAUUCCAUAUAAAAUAUCGUAAAAUAAAUAACCAUAAAAAUGGUCCAUCUGACUAUAUUUUUAAAGUCUUCUGAAGCCAUAUACUAGCUUUUUGUUAUUAUCAAUCUCUUUCAUUGAAUAAUAAUGAUUCCAGUCUGUUCCUAACACAAAGCUGUUACAUAGUUGACCAGACAAUGAAAUCAAUAGUACACCCAAAAAUUAAUAUUUGGACAUUUACUCUUUCUGACCCCGUAUGAUCAGGAU